AUGGUGGAAAUCGAGGCAAUGUACCACCAGGUAAAGGUUCCAUACACUGACCGCUCCUUUCUCCGCUUUCUGUGGUGGCCGAAUGGCGAUUUGUCCUGUGCACUGAAAGAAUACCAGAUGUCAGUUCACUUGUUUGGUGCCGUAUCUUCUCCAGCUUGUGCUAUUUUUGCACUCCUAAAGAAGGCAGAUGAUAACAGCCAACAUUUCUCUGCCGAUGUUACAAGCACCGUCAGAAGAAACUUCUAUGUCAAUGACUGUCUGAAGUCAUUGCCUUCAGUCAAAGAUGCUAAUGCUCAUGUCAGCGACUUGCGCAGCUUACUACAGCGAGGGGGCUUCCGACUAAUGAAAUGGAUCAGCAGUGAUCAGGAGGUUCUUGAGACUAUACCAGAACCAGAGCGCACAUAG